UCGCGGCUAAUCCCGGUAAAUUACGGCGAAAAAUUUCGAAAAAACGAUGGAGCACUGAGCACUUGACUGCUGCUUGCACUCGUGCGUACACGGAGGUGUGUUGAAAACAUUUUAAGUUUUCAUUAAAUACCAAUGUACAGUCCCACGAAAAGUUUUUUUUUGCGAAAAAAAAAAUCCGUCAAUGCCUCGAUAUUUUCAAAACUAAUGAUUGGGAAGCAACUGUACGCCUGUAAAAUGCAUUUUAAAACACUUUUUUCAUCCAAAUGUUGAAACCUAGGCUUGUCAUUUAAAUUUGUAUAUUUUUUUACAAAAAUCAAAAACUAACGGUUUUUUAUAUGAAAAACACAAAAAUAUCUUUAUCUUUUUUUAAAAUAAACUUUUUGAAUAUUGGGCUUCGUCAUGCACACGGAAUUGGUUUAACGAGUCUUCACCAAAAUUUGGUCAAGACAGUUUUGAGAUAUCGUGGCACCCGUUUUUUGGAACUGCAAACUUGAAAUUGCUAUAUCUCGGCAAUGAUGCAACCAAAUAUCUUCAAAUUUGUUUUGUUAGUAGAUAAAAAUGUAUAUUUUAAUGCCCUGAAAAAGAAUUAAAAAAAAUUGAAGUGUAAAAGUUGAAAGUAACCUCUUCUUUUUUGCCGAUACACAUGUAUGUAACCUCUUAAGUACUUUUUUCGAAAAACGCAGUUUUGGGAAAAUUUUGAAUACUUCCCAUUUUUUUUGUUUUUAUUUUUGCAACGAAAGAAACGAAAUCCCGAUCAUUUGAUACCUAUAUUGUAAAAAUCUGAAAUGUGGAGUAUUUUUUUUUAAAUGCGUUUUUUGAAAAUUUUGAGUAUUUGAAAAAAAUGUGUUAUAAUUUUCAAAAUGUAUGCAAAAUUCAUGAUCAUUUGAUGCCCGUAUAGUAAAAUACUGAAGUUUUGAGUAUUUUUUUUUUCGAAAAUUGAAUGUUAUUUGGUAUAGUAUUUUCGUUGUGAAAUCAUAAUGACUAAGCCAAAUAAAUCGUUAGCUGUAGCAUAAUGAAGAUAGUUUCACAACCCGUAAUAUUUCGAACCAUUUCCCAACAAGUGUGUAACAGUGAUGACUCUUCGAUUGUGGCGAGCGUCCAUAAGUAAAGAGAUGAUUCCUUCACUUGAGCCAGUUUCAGUCCAACGCCAUGACACCGUUCAAGAUUGUUAUCUCGCUGUUGAACGCAUUGAUAGCCAGUGCCUACCUCUGUCAGCUUAGCGAUUGUACCCUCGGCACACCUUCGAACUGUUCACUCAAGGAACUGAGAAUCGAGCGUACAUUCCCAGUGACACCACGAACGAUUCGGCCUGGGCGUAAAUUCCACUUGUUCGAUUUCUUCUACGAUCCCAACGGAACCGAGUGUGUUUUCAUUAAUUUUGCAAUUCUGACCAAUGAAACGGAUCGAUUUUUCGUUGGGUUUGGAGUUUCAAUCGAUAAAGCAUGGAGACCUAAUGAUUGGGUUGAGAUAAUGUUUGAGCUGACUAAUCAAUCGUCUGAAAAGUCGCCAAAUUGCUUUCGACCAAUUGAGGCACAAAAGAGAUGCCAUCUGGGAAAGUUUCGUUUCACCGUAAUUGAUAACGAGAGCGUUUUGAUCCAGGAUCUGUCGCCGGAAGUUCCUCCGAAAAUGGAAAUGUUGUUUCGAGAACGACCUAGACCAUGGCGGCCAAGCUCGGAAGAAUGUAUUCCAAACAUAAAUGGGCGUUACAGGAAACUGUUGAAUCACACAAGAAGAUGUUUGGCUGGAGAGAUUGGUGAAAUCUUAAUUGAAAAGCAGCCUGUGGUGGAAGCUUUGGUUUACAUGUUGAUGCUUUGGACGUUUUUGCUGCUUUUGAUACUUGUGGUUUUAUGUGAAUAUCUGUUUGUUAAAUUUAUUAAUAUACGAGAGUAUUUGUAGAAUUGAUUAUAAAAAUAAAAUAAAAUAAAAAUUUAAUGAGACCAUUUUCUUAUAAACGAUCGAAAACUGUUUCCAAAGUAAAAUAAUGUUACUCAUUCUUCUUCCCCAUACAAAUUACUUGGUUUAACCAAAUUUCUUCUCUAUUAUC